AUGGGUUCCCGGGAGACACCUUCUUGCCCUAAGGCCCGUGAGACCUUGAACCUGGAGACUUCGGACAGCUCUAGCCCUGACCCUGACAGUCCUCUGGAAGAGCAGUGGCCGAAAUCCUCCCCAGACCUGAAGGAGGAAGACAGCAUGGAUGUGAUACUGGAAGACUCUGAGGAGCCUCUGUCCCUCUCCUCCCCCCCCACAGGCAGAGAGAUCAUCAGGUACGAAGUCAAGGUGAACCGACGGAACAUUGAAGACAUCUGCCUCGGCUGUGGAACUCUCCAGGUGUACGCUCAGCACCCCUUGUUUGAGGGGGGAAUAUGUGCCCUGUGUAAGGACAAGUUCCUGGAGACCCUCUUCCUGUAUGAUGAGGAUGGACACCAGAGCUACUGCACCAUUUGCUCCUCAGGGGGUACCCUGUUCAUCUGCGAGAGCCCCGACUGUACCAGAUGCUACUGUUUUGAGUGUGUGGAUAUCCUGGUGGGUCCCGGGACCUCAGAGCGGAUCAACGCCAUGGCCUGCUGGGUUUGCUUCCUGUGUUUGCCUUUCUCUCGGAGCGGACUGCUGCAGCGACGCAAGAGGUGGCGACACCAGCUGAAGGUCUUCCAAGAUCGAGAGGGGACAAGUCCUGUGGAGAUAUACAAGACAGUGUCUGCAUGGAAGAGACAGCCAAUACGGGUGCUGAGCCUUUUUGGGAAUAUUGAUAAAGAACUAAAGAGCUUGGGCUUUUUGGAAAGUGGUUCACAUUCUGAGGGAGGAACGCUGAAGUACGUGGAAGAUGUCACAAAUGUCGUGAGGAGAGAUGUGGAGAAAUGGGGCCCCUUUGACCUGCUAUAUGGCUCGACCCAGCCCCUAGGUGGCUCUUGUGACCGCUGUCCUGGCUGGUACAUGUUCCAAUUCCACCGGAUCCUCCAGUAUGCCCGGCCUCGCCAAGAGAGUCAGCCCUUCUUCUGGAUAUUUAUGGACAAUCUGCUGCUGACUGAGGAUGACCAAAUGACAACCGUCCGCUUCCUUCAGACAGAGGCUGUGACCCUCCGGGAUGUCCGUAGCAGAGUCCUCCAGAACGCUGUGCGGGUGUGGAGCAACAUUCCAGGGCUGAAGAGCAAGCACGAGGCCCUGUCACCAAAGGAAGAAGAGUCUCUGCAAGGCCACGUCCGAACCAGAAGCAAGCUGGCCGCCCCGAAAGUUGACCCCCUGGUGAAGAACUGUCUUCUCCCCCUGAGAGAGUACUUCAAGUAUUUCUCUCAGAGCUCACUUCCUCUUUAGAAAUGAAUCACCAUACGAUGAAAGUCUUUCCUAGAACAAUGGCAGUCCUUCUUCCUAUGACCUUUUUCCUCUUCAGGAACCUUUUUCUCCCAUUUGCUGGCUGGCCUUUGGGUUUCUUUCCUGCUGGAUUUCCCAAGAUGAAGAUGCCACCUCUGUGCAGCUCGCUGUGGGGGGUGGGAGGUCCCCAUGGCUGUGGUCAAAAUCCCUGUGGGAUGACGUGCCAGGCGUCUCCAAAACUGUGUG